AAGUGGAUGUAUGUUCGUGCGGAGCCUUUCGUCUGCAGCUGUGGCCUUGUGGGAUGAGGUCGAGUAAUAACAGUAGUUCGUUUGCUGUGGAUUUGGCCUAGUUGUCAGGUCUAUUAUCUUUGCUGGUGUGGUGUCUCGUCCUGUAGGUGCAAGUUGUCAGUGAAGCUUUUAGGAGAUGUGCUUCGAUUGGACAGUCUACUGCAUAUCUCGUUUAUUCAUGUAUUCUUGUGUGUUUUUCUGUCCAAUUAGUAACCAGAAAAAUAUGGUCAUGGUUGCUUAUUGUACUGAGCUUAAACCGAUAAGCCUAUGAUUUCCCUAAAGAAUCCUUCCUGGGUUGUUCAGACUUCAGAUAAUUUCUUAAGUGGGCAAAAUUUCAUCAACGUGGUGCAUUUUAUGACGACAGGACACCUCUCACUGGAAUGGACUUAAGUACUUAACUUUAACCGAUAGUGAGUCUAGUGAUCAAUUGAUCAUCAAUACUGGCUAAAGCAUCGAGUAACAUUUGUGGCAGAUCAACGUGAGUUUGAAUUGGGGGAAUGGGACUGCAAGCGAGAACUUGGGAAAGAGUUAUGCUAGCCUCUUCUUUGGACCAUGUUGUCGUGGCAACGGAUGAUGAAAAAAUUGCUGAGUGCUGUAGAGGAUUUGGAGCUGAUGUUAUAAUGACAUCGGUAUCAUGCCAAAAUGGAUCUGAACGCUGCUGUGAGGCACUUCAAAAGCUCGAGAAAUGUUAUGACAUUGUUGUCAAUAUUCAAGGAGACGAGCCUCUUAUUGAACCAGAGAUAAUAGAUGGUGUUGUUAUGGCACUGCAGCGAGCUCCUGAUGCAGUCUUCAGCACAGCUGUCACGGCACUAAAACCUGAAGAUGCUUUCGACACAAACCGGGUGAAAUGUGUUGUGGACAACCAGGGUUAUGCAAUAUACUUCUCAAGAGGGCUGAUCCCAUUUAACAAAUCAGGGAAAGCCAAUCCUCAGUUUCCGUAUCAUCUCCACCUUGGAAUCUCGUGCUUUGAUUCGAAGUUUCUGAAGAUCUAUCCACAGCUUGCACCAACUCCAUUGCAACUAGAAGAGGACCUGGAGCAACUUAAAGUUCUUGAAAAUGGCUACAGGAUGAAGGGAUUAGGAUGCAAACACGCCUGCGUUGGAGCUACUGAUCGAAGACGAAGACUAGAAUUGCUGUCUGUCCUUGCGAGUGGCGAGACGAGAUCAGCCCGGCUGGCCGGUCAGGAGAAAACUAGAACGAUCGGCCGUCAGCGAGCACGAUCGCACACGGAAGAAGUCGAGAAGCCCCAAAUUUCUUUUUGGCCUGAACUCUGGAGGCACGGAACGCGAACGAGGGAAGACGCGGCGGCGUCGGGGCAGUCACGCGAGCGAGCGAGCAAGCGAUCCGCAGGCCUAGCGAUCGGCCUAAACGGGCCGCCUAAUGCCUAAUGCGCUGUAUACCUAAUAGACUGUAUAGAUUUCGGGGGGCCCCAAAUUUUGGGGCCCUGUUCGGCCGAACAGGCCGCACUCCCGUGGGCUCGGGCCUGCUUGUUCUGAUGAACUGA